GCCACAUGGGACCCACCAACACCUUUUUCACCCAUAAAACCCCCUCCUUCCACAGCUCACACUCUCACUACCAAACUGACAGCCAUGGCCACACUCCUCUACUCCAUUUCCCUCGUGCUCUUACCCCUUUUUUCACUUGCAGAUGGAGGUUCAAUUGGAGUAAACUACGGUCGAAUUGGUGGCGAUCUACCAUCCGCUUUCAAAGUCACAAACCUUCUCAAAUCUCAAGGAAUCAACCGGGUUCGGGUCUACGACACCGAUCCAGCUGUACUCAAAUCGUUAUCCGGAACAGGCAUCAAAGUAACAGUCAACCUCCCAAACGAGCUUCUAUACGCCGCAUCCAGAAAACAGUCAUUUGCGUACGGAUGGAUCCGACGAAACGUCGUCGCUUACUAUCCACACACUCAAAUCGAAGCAAUAGCUGUCGGAAACGAAGUAUUCGUUGACCCAAAAAACACCACCGGGUUUCUCAUACCCGCUAUAAAAAACAUUCACCAAGCCCUCGUUAAAUAUAAACUUGAUUCCGUAAUCAAACUUUCAUCACCGGUUGCUUUAAGUGCGUUACAAAACUCCUACCCUUCGUCCUCCGGUUCUUUCAGACCGGAGUUAAUCGAACCGGUUUUCAAACCCAUGUUUGAAUUCCUCCGGGAAACCGGGUCUUUCUUAAUGGUCAACGCGUACCCGUUUUUCGCUUACGAGUCAAACUCUGACGUCAUCUCUCUUGAUUACUCACUGUUUAAAGAAAACCCCGGUGUUGUUGACCCCAACAACGGUUUACGUUACUUCAACCUGUUUGACGCUCAGAUUGACGCCGUUUUUGCAGCGAUGACGGCGUUAAAAUACGAUGACAUUCCGUUAGUUGUGUCGGAGACCGGUUGGCCGUCAAAGGGUGAUGACAAUGAAGUCGGAGCUAGUGUAGAAAAUGCGGCUGCUUAUAACGGUAACCUGAUAAAACGGGUCCUGACCGGCGGUGGUACACCGCUCCGACCAAAAGCAAACCUUACUGUUUUUCUGUUCGCUCUUUUUAAUGAGAACAAGAAACCCGGACCCGAAUCGGAGCGAAAUUACGGGUUGUUUUAUCCGAAUAUGGAGAAGGUUUACAACAUUCCGUUUACGGUGGAGGGUUUGAAGGAUUUUAGUGGGGAGAUAUCUCCAGUGAGUGGUGGUAAUGGUAAUGUGGUUAGGGAUUUAACUCCGGUUAAGCGUGGUGGAAACGGGUCGGGUCAGACUUGGUGUGUAGCGAAGGGUGUGGGGAAGGAUAAGUUGCAGUCGGGUUUGGAUUAUGCGUGUGGUGAAGGGGGUGCUGAUUGCCGUGCGAUUCAGCCUGGUGCCACGUGUUAUGAUCCUGAUACGUUAGAAGCACAUGCAUCGUUCGCUUUUAAUAGUUAUUACCAGAAAAUGGGACGCGCGGCUGGCGCGUGUAAUUUUGACGGGGCUGCCUAUGUAGUUACUGAGCUACCAAGAUUUGGGAACUGUGAAUUCUCCACCGGACACUAGAGAAAUAGAAUGUAAGGGAGAAAAAAGAUGGCAUUUUUGUGACGAUUAUGUUACUAUAUUUAUUUAUAACAUUUUUUUGAUUAUCUUAAUGGAAGCUUAUAUAAACAUUAUUGAUCUUAAUAUAAACUGUUACCUUUUUCUUGAUAUGAAAAAGACGGGUAACAACAUCUUA